CCGGGGUAAACGGAAGACAUCAGAAAGAGCACAUCGAAGGAGAAAGACGUUAAUAAUUUUCCGUACCUUGGAGACAUCAUGCCUCGUCAGUGUGUUGUCGGAGGGUGUAACAACAUGAACAAGGAGGGAUUCAAGUUGCACCACUGGCCCAAAGAUGCCAAAGUGGCAAGAAAUUGGACGAAAUUUGUUCAAAAUACGAGGGUGUGGGGAAAGCCGACAAAUGGUCAGUGGUUUGUUCCGCACACUUUACCGACGACAGCUAUGCUACGACAGAGAUGGCAAGAAUGUUUGGAUAUCCACUGACACUCAAAGCAGAUGCAUUUCCAACGAUAAAGUCAAAUAAAUCUGCUGCCAGACCCCCAUUGAACGUGCCGAAGUGUGUGAGCUAUUCAGGGACAAAGGACCUCGAUAGCACGGCAAGCAAUGGCGGCAAUUUGUUCCCGCAGACGAGCGAGCUAAACCCCCUGGAUGUCUUGGCUCACACCGCUUCUACCGAAGAUGAUCAAGUGAAGAAUAUGGGCCCUAGUUUCCCUGGCCUGCCGACAUCAACUCCAAAACCGGACAGAUCAGCUUUCAGGAAAAGAGAACGGAUGAGAGUGUUACAGGACAUUUUUUCGAACUCUUAUCGACAUUCCACUGAAGAGGAUGAUUAUCAAACUUUUUCAAGAGCGCAUAUUGGAGUUCAGAUAUACCCUGAUGUGAAGUCUAAAGAUGUCCAGCAGCCCCCUCACAUAAAAAAGGAAGAGGAGAAUCCACAGCCCCCCCACAUUAAAGAGGAAGAGGAGGAAGUGUGGAUCAGUCAGGAGGGAGAGUGUCCUGUAGGGCAGGAGGAGGCUGAUGUCAGCAAGUUUCCACUGACUGUUGUCUCUGUGAAGACUGAAGAGCAUGAAGACAAACCACCUGAGUCCUCACAGCUUCAUCACAGUCCAAACGUCCAGCAGGUGUCAGCAGAGAGUCAUGAAGAGAUUCCCUCCAAGCAGCAGGAGUGGAGCUCCAGUGUGGGACAGAAGGAGCUACAGACCCCCUCCCACAUUAAAGAAGAAGAGGAGGAACUGUGGAAGCAGCUUCAAAUGUUGGUGGAGGAUAAUGAUGAAGAUGAAGCUCAGUCCUUACAGCUUCAUCACAGUCAAAGUGAGGAGAACAGAGGGGCGGAGCUUGUAAGUCAACACAUCACAGAAGCUGAUGGAGAGCAUUGUGAACAUAUAAAGUCAGAACCAGACAGCAUCUUUGCUCCUCUGUCAGACAUGGACCACAUCAUGUCACACUCUUCUGAUCACAGUGACCACAUCCAAAAACCUUUGGAGAGUAAAAAUGACUCCAAAGGUGAUACGAGACAUCACACUAACAACAAACACUUGGACUGCUCUGAAUGUGGGAAAUCAUUUAAACACAAGAGUUAUAUUACAAUACACAUGAGAAUACAUACUGGAGAGAAACCUUUUACUUGCUCUGUUUGUAAGAAGAGUUUCUCCAGAAAGCUUGACAUGACCACACACAUGAGAACACACACUGGAGAGAAACCUUUUACUUGCUCUGUUUGUAAGAAGAGUUUCUCCACAAAGCUUGUCAUGUCCACACACAUGAGAACACAUGCUGGAGAGAAACCUGUUACUUGCUCUAUUUGUAAGAAGAGUUUCUCCACAAAGCUUGUCAUGACCACACACAUGAGAACACAUACUGGAGAGAAACCUGUUACUUGCUCUAUUUGUAAGAAGAGUUUCUCCACAAAGCUUGUCAUGACCACACACAUGAGAACACAUACUGGGGAGAAACCUGUUACUUGCUCUAUUUGUAAGAAGAGUUUCUCCAGAAAGCAAUACAUGACCAAACACAUGAGAACACACACUGGAGAGAACCCGUUGAGUUGCACUGUGUGUGAUAAAAGGUUCAGGUAUAAGUAUCAGGUCAGUAAACACAAGUGUGUAACAGUCAUGGAAGCUGCAGGGAUUUAAAAACACUUAGUGAUUGUGCUAAAUGUGCACUAAUACCACAUCAUGUUUAAAGGGGAACAUUAUUACCAGACAUAUGUAAGCGUCAAUAAAUACCUUGAUGUUGCAGAAAAAAGACCACAUGUUUUUUAACCGAUUUCCGAACUCUAAAAGGGCGAAUUUGGCGAUUUAAACACCUCUCAAUUGUUCGCUGUCAGAGCGAUGACCUUUUACCCGUGACAUCACAAUGGGAAGCAAUCCACCAUUUCCUCAAACACAUUACACACACAAGUCAAAUCAGCUCUGUUAUUUUCCGUUUUUUCGACUGUUUUCCGUACCUUGGAGACAUCAUGCCUCGUCGGUGUGUUGUCUGAGGGUGUAACAACACGAUCAGGAACGGAUUCAAGUUGGAAUGUGCAUUGAUUAGAACGUCAUGCUAAUCAAUGCUAACAUGCUAUUUAGGCUAGCUGUAGGUACAUAUCGCAUCGCUAUGCCUCAUUUGCACCUAUAUUUACAUCCAGCCUUUCUCUCCACCCACAUUUAAGGCCAAACAAACACAUACCAAUCGACAGAUUCAAGUUGCACCAUUGUCAAAAGAUGCGAAAGUCCCUUGUUUGUUCUGCACAUUUUACCGGCGAUGCUACGACAGACAUGGCACAGAGGUGUGGAUAUCCUGUGACACUCAAAGCAGAUGCAUUUCCAACGAUAAAGUCAACGAAAUCACAAAGGUGAGUUUUGUUGAUGUUAUUGACUUAUGUGCUAAUCAGACAUAUUUGUACACGGCAUGACUGCCAGCUAAUCAAUGCUAACAUUCUAUUUAGGCUAGUUGUAUGUACAUUUGUAGCUAUAUUUGCAUCCAGCCUUUCCCUCCACCCACAUUUAAUGCCAAACAAACACUUACCAAUCGACAUAUUUAAGUUGCUCCAGUGGUCAAAAGAUGCAAUCUUUGGUUAGAAGGCGAUCGCUGAAUAGCUUCAAUAGCUAUUCGCUCAAUAGCUUCAGUUUCUUCUUCAAUUUAAUUUUUGCUAUCUGCUUCCACACUCCAACCAUCCGUUUCAAUACAUGCGAUAUCUGUGGAAUCGCUUAAAGGGGAACAUUAUCACCAGACCUAUGUAAGCGUCAAUAUAUACCUUGA